CUCCGUGCUUUGUUUCGUUCCCUGUGCGAGUAUCCAACAUGGCCGAACUUCGUAAGGUGUCUGCCAACCAGGCAGCGCAGCCAAUUGACAAUGACAACGUCCCCAGCCUCCAAGCCCUCAAAGACGCCAUCCCCAAGGAAUGCUUCGACUCCUCCGUCGUGACCUCCCUCCUCUACCUCGCCCGCGACAUUCUCUACUGCGCCAUCCUCACCUACGCCGCCUUCCACAUCCACCUGCUCCCCUCCCUGCCCCUCCGCGUCAUCGCCUGGGCUGCCUACGGCUUCUUCCAGGGCUGCGUCGGAACCGGACUAUGGAUUCUCGCUCAUGAAUGCGGCCACGGCGCCUUCUCCAAGCACCAAUCCUUCAACGACUUCGUCGGCUGGGCCACCCACUCCUUCCUCAUGGUUCCCUACUUCUCCUGGAAAAUCACCCACGCCCGCCACCACCGCUACACCGGCCACAUGGAAAAGGACACCGUCUUCGUCCCCUGGACUGACGACCAACUCGCCAAGAAGAAGAACGUCCGCAUCGAACAACUCAAGCAUCUCGCCGAGGAAACCCCCAUCGUAUCCUUCGUCCAGCUCAUCGGCCACCAAUUGUUCGGCUGGCAAUUGUAUCUCCUCUUGAACGUCACCGCCGGCCCCAAGAGUCUGGCUGAUGGUCGUGGCCGUACCGGCAUAUCCAGCCACUUUAACCCCUUUGGCGAGAUCUUCACCGCGUCGCAGAUGCUUAGUGUUGCCCUCUCGGAUCUGGGUCUGCUCAUCAUGGGCUCGAUCCUGUACUAUGCGUCCACGCAGAUCGGAGCCUGGAAUGUCGUUCUCUUGUACUUUAUCCCUUAUCUGUGGGUGCAUCAUUGGUUGAUCGCAAUCACCUACCUCCAACACACCCACCCCGACGUCCCCCACUACUCCGCCGACACCUGGACCUACACCAAGGGCGCAUUGGCCACCAUCGACCGCACCACCGGCUUCAUCGGCCGUCACUUCUUCCACGAAAUCAUCGACUACCACGUCGUGCACCACCUCUUCAGUCGCAUUCCCUUUUACAAGGCCGAGGAGGCUACCCGCGCUAUCCAGCCCCUUCUGGGCAAGAACUACCGCGAGGAAAAGCAGACGAGUUUCUUGUAUUCGCUGAUGACGACCUUCCGGAAGUGUAUCUAUGUCUCGGAUGGGGGGAAGAAAAAUGGCGUUUUGCAUUUUGUUAUGUCGGAGGAGGCUAAGUGAUGCGUGUUGGGUUUUGGUGUGGUAUUUUAUUGGUUGGGUGGGGUGGUUUGGGGGUGCGUUGGAUUUGCAUAUAAAUAAAUAUAAGUAUAGAUUAGAUUGAUGGAUAGAUGGAUAGAUGGAUAGAU